UUGUUUUUGGAUGGUUUUGCCACUUUCUUUGCUCAAAACUGCCCAAAAUCAUCCUAUGCUAAUUGAAUUGAAAAAUGGAGAAACUUAUAAUGGAAUGUUAAUUGCUUGUGAUUCUUGGAUGAAUGUUCAUUUACGGGAUGCUAUUUGUACUUCUAAGGAAGGCGACAAAUUUAUGAAAAUUCCAGAGGUUUAUGUUCGUGGUUCUACAAUUAAAUAUUUACGUAUUCCAGAUGAGGUUGUUGAGUUAGUAAAAGACGAAGUUAAAGAAGUUCGUAGACAACAAAAAGAAAAUCGAACAAUGAAAAGAAAUUUUGCUAAAGGUGCAAGAGGAGGGGGAAGUGGUGGUGGUGGUGGAAGGCCGGGUGGAGGUCCUAAAUCUGGUGGAGGACAGAGAGGAGGAGGGCAUCAUCAACAGAGACGUUGAUUGAUUUAAUUGGCUAUUUUUUAAAAUAAAAAUUUUGGUUUUUUUAUUUAUUUGGAUAAAUUUAAUUCCUAUUUUGAUA